UCUUCAAUGGAGAAGACUUUUGGAUUUUCAAUCGACGAUUUCAAAUCACCUCAAGCAGUAAUACGGCUUUUGUGUAGGCCAAGUGAUCCGGCUUGUCUUGGUGUUGUCAGGUUUCUAUUUGGAUUUUUAAUGUUGAUUGAUAUACCACAAGAAAGAGGACUAGGUAUGGCUGAUGUAAGAUGGGGCCAUACUGAUGAAUGUAGAUUUCCACUAUUUAAUUUUUUAAAACCAUUGCCAUUAGAAUGGAUGUAUAUAGUAUAUUUUGUUAUGUUAAUUGGUGCUACUGGAAUAAUGUUAGGAUUUCAAUACCGUUUUAGUUGUUUAUGUUUUUUAUUACCAUACUGGUAUAUAUUUUUCUUGGAUAAAACUUCCUGGAAUAAUCAUAGUUAUUUAUAUGGUAUAUUGGCAUUUCUACUCACUAUUUCUGAUGCCAACAGAUAUUGGUCUCUUGAUGGUUUCUUCUCUAAAAAAUACAGAAACUGUCAUGUACCAUUAUGGAACUAUACAUUACUUAGAACACAGGUUUUUCUGGUGUAUUUUAUCGCUGGGUUAAAGAAGUUAGAUUUUGACUGGGUUUAUGGUUAUUCAAUGCAGAAUUUAUCAAGUCAUUGGGUUUUUGACCCAUUUAAGUUGUUAUUAACAGAAGAACAGAUAGAUCUAUUUAUAGUACAUAUUGGUGGCUUGAUAAUAGACAUCUCUGUUGGUUUUUUAUUAUUUUUUGAUAAAACUAGAUUGUUAGGAAUGGUCAUGUGUUCAAGUUUCCAUUUAAUGAAUUCUCAAAUGUUUAAUAUAGGAAUGUUUCCAUGGAUGAUGCUGGCAACACAAGUAAUAUUUUGUUAUACGGACUGGCCACGACGUAUAUUUAAAUCAAUAUCAGCUAAUUGUCAAUUGUUUACGCCAGAAGAAGAAGAUUUACAGCCCAAUGAUCAUUGUAUAUAUCAUAAACAACAUAUCAAAACUGAAGAUUCACCGCCCAUUAAAUCAUCAUUGUACCACAAAUUAUCAUCCCUGGGUACUAUUUUAUUUUUAUUGUUACAACUAGUUUUACCAUAUUCACAUGGAAUCACCAAGGGCUAUAAUAACUGGACUAAUGGGUUAUAUGGUUAUUCGUGGGAUAUGAUGAUCCAUUCAUGGAGUGUACAACAUAUCAGAUUAACUUAUAUUGAUAAAGAUACAGGUACAACUGGAUAUCUGAAUCCACAGGCAUGGGUUGGUUCAAGAAGAUGGAGUUCCCAUGCUGAUAUGUUAAAACAACAUGCACAUUGCAUAGCUGACCAUUUAAAAGCCUACAAUAUUACCAAUGUAGCUUUAUAUUUUGAUGUAUGGAAAUCUAUAAAUGAUAGAUUUCAACAAAGAAUGUUUGAUCCAAAAGUUGAUAUAUUAUCAGAAGAGUGGAGUCCAUUUAAAGAAACACCAUGGUUGAUGCCAUUAUUGGUAGAUCUGUCUGACUGGAGAGGAAAACUUGCAGAAAUACAGAAAUCAACUACCAACUCUUCAGAGUCAGCUGAUGUGGUUUUUGUGGCUGAUUUUCCAGGAUUAUAUCUGGAGAAUUUUGUACAAGAAGAUUUAGGAAAUACCAGUAUAACUGUUUUAAAAGGGAAAGUUUUAGUAGAACUGGUAGAAAAACUAGAAAAUUAUACUUUAAUAGAAGGUGAACACAUGCAGGUACCUGCUGGAGCGUUCCAUAAUGUUCACACUAUAUCAUCUACACCAUCGUGUUAUAUGUAUAUAUAUGUUAAUACUACUGAAGUUUAUUUUAUGGAGAAUCUGGUGGAAUAUGAAAUGGCAGUUAAUGGUACAUUAGAUGAUGGAAUGGCUGACAAGGCAUUAAACAGAUUUGAGAGUGAUCCACUGUUAUCUCAAUAUAAACAAGCUCUAGCAGCCAAACAAGCGGUUAAAAAACAAGAAGAAGAAACUUUAUUUGAAAAACUCAGCCAGUUUAUUAAAAAUAAAUAUACAAUAUUUUAUAGAAGUUUCAGAUUUACCAGUGGAGCAUUACAUAGUAUUUUAUUACAGAGGCCUUUUGAAGAAUUUUUAAAUGAUACAUAUUCCAUGGAGCGUGAUGCUAUCAUCCAAAAUAUUGACUUAGAUUUAUAAUAAAACUUUCUCAUCAAUUAUUCAACAUUCAAAAUAAACUGUGACAUUCCGAUAUGAAACAUGAUAAACCAGUGAUGUUGAUAUAAAUUAUUAGGUGGAGAUGCCACAAUAACAUCAAGCAGAGCCAACAGUUUCAGGCUUUGAAGAACCAAAUCUUGGGUCUAAUUUCUGGGGGUUUAAGCCUCACCCCCAUGGUGCUCUCCUUAGAAACAUUACUGAUGUUAACUGUAUAAGUCGUUAUAUCUUUAAAAUAUGGUUGGAGCUGUGGUAGCUGUGGGACAAUAAACAGGGGCCUAAUGUGCUACAUGCUGUGUACAUUACAGAUACCUGGACGUUUGGCAAAAUUUUGCUUAUUGCACACUGAAUGGCAUUAUUCGUCUUCGUAACCAAACCAGGAGCGGAAAAGUAGGAUAUAAAACAUGUUUAUGAUCAUUGCAGAACAAACUGAUAUAGAAUUCCACUACACUAUUCUUGUUAUCUGUAUGGGACAAGUCUAAAAAGUGAACAACAAUCCAGGAAAAUAUAGAAAUAACAAAAUAAAUUUGUAUAUUGUGAUAAGAUUGAAGUUGAAAGAAAUAAAUAUAUUUUAAGUGGCUAU